CUUCUCUCUACUCCUACUACAACAUCUUCAAACCAAACCACAACUCCCCAACAGCUACACCUCCUACUUUCAAUCAACAAAGGGUUUAUAUUUCCAUUUUCAUCAUCAAAUCUUCCUGGGUUUUCUUUAUUUCAUAGUUCUCUAACUAGGGUUUUCCUCAAAUUCACUAUAUUUGCCUUAGGGUUUUGAAUCUUGAUUUUCUUGAGUUUUUCCAAUGGCUGAUGUUGAAGUUCCUCCAUAUUUCAUCUGCCCCAUCUCUCUAGAAAUGAUGAAAGAUCCUGUAACCGUCUCCACCGGAAUCACAUAUGACCGAGAAAGCAUCGAGAAAUGGAUAUUUUCCGGGAAAAACAACACAUGCCCGGUAACCAAACAAGUCCUCUCAUAUACAGAACUCACCCCAAACCACACUCUUCGCCGGUUGAUCCAAUCAUGGUGUACUCUCAAUGCAUCAAAUGGCAUCGAAAGGUUCCCAACACCGAAGCCUCCGGUCAACAAAGCCCAGAUUGUCAAGCUAAUCAACGAUGCUAAAUCACCACAAACACAAAUGAAGUGUCUUAGAAGACUCAGAUCAAUCGCUUCAACGAACGAAACCAACAAGCGUUGCAUAGAAGGAACCGGUGCAGUACAAUUCUUAGCUUCAGUUAUCAAGCUCAACACGAACAAUGCUUCAUUAGAAGUAUCUGAAGAUGGGUUUGACCUCGCAACUUCCACUGAUGAAGCCCUAAACAUCCUAUACCAUCUCCAAUUAUCCGAAGCCGGCCUCAAAUCUCUUACCACCGGUGACAAUGGCGAAUUCAUCGAAUCCCUAUUGCGUGUCAUGCAACGUGGAAACUACGAGUCUCGUGCUUAUGCCGUGUUCCUAUUGAAAUCAAUGACCGAAGUGGCUGAUCCGAUGCCGCUAAUAAGCUUGAAACCCGAGUUCUUCGUCGAGCUAGUCCAACUCUUCCAUGAUCAAAUCUCAUCCAAGGCCACAAAAUCGACACUUCAAUUGCUAAUCAAUGUCGGUCCAUGGGGAAGAAACCGGGUUAAAGCAGUGGAUGCCGGAGCAGUACCGGUCUUGAUCGAUCUUCUUCUAGAUUCUUCUGAGAAGAGGGUUUGUGAGAUGAUACUAAUGGUGUUGGAUCAGCUAUGCCAAUGUGCUGAAGGAAGAGCUGAGCUCUUGAAGCACGGUGCCGGGUUAGCCGUUGUGUCAAAGAAGAUACUUAGGGUUUCAAAGGUGGCAAGUGAAAGAGCUGUGAGGAUUCUUCAUUCAAUUUCAAAGUUCUCUGCAACUCAAAGUGUUGUUCAAGAGAUGUUGCAAUUGGGUGUGGUGACAAAGCUGUGUUUGGUGCUUCAAGUGGAUAGUGGAAACAAGACUAUGGAGAAAGCUAGGGAGAUACUUAAAUUGCAUGCUAGGGCUUGGAAGAACUCUUCUUGUAUUCCUGUGACUCUGGCUUCUUAUCUAUGUUGAGAGAGAGAUAUUUAGUUUUGUUGUGUACAUGUGUAAUUGGUUGAACAUUAGAACAUAGGACUAUAGGGGCAAAAAUUAGUGCCCAGAGACACUUGAUAAAUGGAAUCAUUCUUGCUUUGGAAAAUUAUACUCUGAAAAUUUCUUGUUUCU